UGAUUUAUUUGGUCUGUCAUGGCUGACAUAGCUAAUAUUCCGGUUAUCAAGAAAAAGCUCAGUGCUUUUGUGGGCUUCCACAAUCUACCCCAGCAGUUCCAUCGCAAGGCUCUUAAAAAGGGGUUUCAAUUCACUCUUAUGGUUGUCGGCGAGUCGGGACUUGGCAAGUCAACUCUUGUCAAUACACUUUUUGGAACCAUUCUCUACCCACUCAAAGAAGCCCGUGAACCUUCCCCCGAUACUCCAAAAACCGUCGAGGUCCAGUCCAUCAGUGCUGAUCUCGAGGAAAAUGGGGUCAAGCUUAAGUUGACAUGCAUUGAUACACCUGGCUUUGGUGACUUUGUUAACAACGAGGAAAGCUGGCGUCCGAUUCUCGAAAAUAUAGAGGCUAGAUUCGAUGCUUUCCUUGAGCAGGAAAACCGUGUAAAUCGUAAGCGUAUUAUUGACACCCGUGUCCACGCCUGUCUGUAUUUCAUUGCCCCUACUGGGCACAGUCUUAAGCCUUUGGACAUUGAGUUUAUGAAAAGACUCGCUGGUCGUGUCAACUUGAUCCCUGUCAUUGCCAAAUCAGACACUCUUACCGAGGAGGAAAUUAAAGCUUUCAAGGCUCGUAUUCUUGAAGAUAUUGCAUUCCACAACAUUUCCAUUUACCAACCACCAACCCAUGAGAUUGAUGAUCCUGAAACCAUUCAGGAAAAUUUGGAAAUCAUUUCGAAAAUCCCAUUCGCUGUAGUGGGUUCCGAUAAGGAGGUUGAAGUUGCUGGAAAAAAGAUUCGUGGACGCAAGUAUCCAUGGGGUAUCAUCGAAGUGGACAAUGAAACCCAUUGUGAUUUUGUCAAACUUCGUCAAAUGCUUAUUCGCACUCAUAUGGAAGAACUCAAGGAAAAUACAAAUGAGGUGCUUUACGAACAUUACCGUAUGCAAAAGCUGGCUGAAGUUGGACCUCUUGACAACGUCGAGUCUGGAGUUUCACCAUUGUCCAAGUUUGAGCAGGAGCGUCUUGCACAUGAGCAAAAAAUGGCCAAGAUGGAGGCAGAAAUGAAGGCAGUCUUUCAACAAAAGGUUGCUGAAAAGGAAGCUAAGCUCAAGCAAUCCGAAGAUGAACUUUAUGCACGUCAUCGUGAAAUGAAGGAACAACUGGAGCGCCAGCGUAUUGAACUUGAUGAUCGCAAAAAGAGCAUCCUCACUGGACGUCCCAUGACUCCUGACAAGGCAAAAAAGAGCAAGGGACUGUUUAAAUAAUAGGUCACUGGCACGCAAUUUAUUUUAUCACUCAUCUUGUCCAUCUUCCCCUUACUAUUAGUCUUGUCCUUGAACCUUCCACAUUCACUUCUCUAUAGCAGCGCUUAACCUCUUUUUCGACUAUCAACAAUAAAAACUAUAAGAUCGCUCGGUCC